CCCUUUCUUAUUUUUUUUUAUGUGGGACCUAUUAAUGUUGCUUGCCAGUAGUGGGCAAAAAGUGGGCCCCAUUUAUUAUUAUUAUUAUUAUAUUUUAUUUCAUUUUUAUUUGUCUUUGUCAAAAAUACCACAACUACAUAAACCCCUUCAAUCCCCCCGCUAAUCCCCCUCCUUCUCCUCUUCACUUGAAACAUUUUUUCUCUUGGACAUUUUUUCUCUUGGACAUUUUUACAAACACUUGUUGUGCAACCUGAUCACAUAUUAUACACGAAACGUUUAGUUUUUUUCCUUUUAACAAUAAUGGCAAGACCACAACAACGGUAUCGCGGUGUUCGUCAAAGGCAUUGGGGAUCUUGGGUCUCUGAAAUUCGUCACCCCAUUUUAAAAACGCGUAUUUGGUUGGGUACAUUUGAAACGGCAGAAGAUGCAGCUCGGGCCUACGAUGAAGCGGCCCGACUAAUGUGUGGGCCAAGGGCCCGGACCAAUUUCCCUUACAACCCGAAUGCUCCUCAAACUUCAUCAUCCAAAUUACUCUCAGCUACUCUAACUGCCAAGCUUCACCGUUGCUAUAUGGCCUCUUUGCAAGUGACUAAAAACUCAGCAAUGCAGGCCCAACAAAGGGUACCCAGCCCGCAAUUCUCGGGCUCGGGCAAUUGCAUUGGCCCUAAAUUUGGGGAGACGGGCCCUUGGUCUCCCGAAUACGGCUCAACAAUAGGACAAGUGUUACCUAGUCCGGAACCCAAUUGGGCAAUGAAGGUCGAGAAUGUCCAACUUGAACCGCAACUACAAUAUACCCAAUUAGAGGAGGAUCAUAUUGAGCAAAUGAUUGAAGAGUUGCUUGAUUAUGGUUCAUUUGAGAUCACAAUUUGAUUAACUUAGCUUGGUGACUUUGAUUACCAUGCUAAGUUGGGAGAGUUCAAUUAAUUGAUCACUCAAUUGGCUUUAGUUAGUAGCCAAUUACUAUGGUGGGACGGUACUUUUGGUCCUGAGUUGGGGAAAAAUAUAGUAGCCAACCGGCCCUUUUUAUUUAUUUAUUAUAUAUCCCUUUGGCCACAAAUUUACUCAAAUUUAUCUAGUUAGUUAGUUUCGUAAUUAUCUUAUUGUGCUAAUAUUAACCCAAUUAUAUCAAUUGACAUGAUAUAUGUCACAAUAUUUCCCUUUUUAUAAGUUUAUCUUUGAGUUAAGCUAAGGUGCCUAGUUAUUAGAGGUCAAAGGAAGCAUAUUAUGUAUAGUGUACUUCUACUUAAGUACUUUUUUUUUCUCUCUUUAUAAGACAAUAUAUGAUAUAUUUGUAUAAUAAAGAAAUGCAUUGAGCACCAAUUAAUCCAAUUUCAUAUUUUGGAAAGCUUCUUCAUGGGUAUUUUUGGUAUUUCAGUUGUAAUGGUUAUAUUUUUUUGCCUACCACCUAGGAUCUCUCACUAAAAGAAAAA